AUGAAGCUGUUUUUCCCAGAAGGGCUGUGCUGCGCUGAGUGUCAGACAUUAGAGGAGGAAGAGAUCUAUAACCUGAAACGUGACCCCAUAGUCAGUUUGGAAAUCAACAAGCAGCGCAAGAUCAUAAAACGUGAAACAGGAGGGCAACUCAAUUUAUUGGGCUCUGAGCAACCAUGCAGUCUUGAUCGGCCAUUGCUUGAUAACCUCUGCCAAACCACUUGCUUCGUAUUGCCUGGGAUAAUCCUUCGGGGUUCAGAGCACCCACCUUACGUCGAACUGCUUGAUCAGCUCAUUGGCAAAGAUUUCACAGUGACUGGAGUACGCCUCACUGUCCUGGAUGGACCACAAGCUCACUGCAUCUCUGAGACACUAAGCAGGGCAAAGUGCAGUGUUGCAGCAAAGUGUUCCCUCUUAAUGGAUGGUUUGUGUCUGGUGCUAGCAGCACAGCGAGACGAUGCGGUCAUUUGCUUCGACUCCCUGCUGGACAGUGUCUGUUGGCAGAAGCAGUCAGUCCUGGACACUGCGCAGCAUCUCCUUUAUCCCCAAAAUGAGAAACAGGUUAUUUUGAAGAUGAAGACUCUUGUCUCCAGCGAGAUUUUGAAGAUGAAGACUCUUGUCUCCAGCGAGAUUUUGAAGAUGAAGACUCUUGUCUCCAGCGUUAUUUUGAAGAUGAAGACUCUUGUCUCCAGCGAGAUUUUGAAGAUGAAGACUCUUGUCUCCAGCGAGAUUUUGAAGAUGAAGACUCUUGUCUCCAGCGAGAUCGCCAGGUUGCCGCAGCUGAUCGGGAUCCUCAGGUGGCUCCCGUGGACCUGCCUGUGA